UUUUUCUAUCGAUCGUGUGACAGCGUCAUUUAUAUUGUCUCAUUCUAUUCAAUAAGAAAUAACGUUGCAAUACGUGAAACACUAGGAGAUGUUAUAGCGUCUGGUUUUCGCCAACCUUCAGACGUCAGGAUGAGUUAUUACCUGCUUAGUGUUACCACGUGGUUUCGUUCUGCUGCUGGAAAAUAUAUAUCUGGGAAAAAAACGCCAUUUCAUGACGUGAAUGGGCAAGAUGCAGAGGUAUAUAAGCGGCGGCUUCUGACCAUUUCAAAGCACAGUUGGCAUCACUCGUCCUGUUUGUCAUCUUGUAUUACACUAGCUACUACAUCACAAUGUUUAAGGUUAAUAUGAACUCGUUGAAAUGUUUUCUGCUGUUUGCCCUGGUGCUAAUCAAUGGCACUGACGCUGGAAGAAAAGGAGGAAGAGGUGGAGGAUACGGUGGUGGUAUGUCAGGAGGCUACGGUGGAAGCAGUGGAGGAGGCUACGGCGGAAGCAGCGGUGGAGGAGGAGGCUACGGCGGAAGCAGCGGCGGAGGAGGCUACGGCGGAAGCAGUGGAGGCGGAGUCAGCUAUGGAGGUUCGGCUCCUCGUCCCAUGGCUUAUUCCCCUCCUGUACAACAACACGCUCCAGCUCCAAGACCGGCUUCUGCUCCUUCUCACGGAGGCUAUGGGGCAGGAUCGACUGGAAGUGCUCCAAUUCAUAUUCAUAUUCACGCCCCUGCUCCCGCUCCUGCUAUGGCACCUCACCGUCCGGCCCCUGCUGCACCCCGUCGACCGGCCCCUGCUGCACCCCAUCGACCUGCUCCAAUGGCCUCUUACGGCGGAGGUCAAGGAGGCCAAGCUGGAUACGGAGGAUCAUCAGGUGGCCAUGCUCCUUCAAUGGCCCAGUCCCAUCAACCAGCCCCAGCACAAUCGUACCAAUCAGCUCCAGCCCCAAUGGCUCAAUCCUAUCAAUCAGCCCCAAUGGCUUCUCAUCAACCACUUCCUGCCCCAAUGCCCCACCAAUCGGCCCCGAUGUCAUCUUACGGAGGUGGUCAUACGGCUCCAUCAGCUCCAUCCUAUCAAUCAGCCCCUGCUCCAAUGCCCCAACAACCGGCCCCAAUGCCAUCUUACGGUGGUGGUCCAUCAGCUCAAUCCUAUCAAUCAGCCCCAAUGGUAUCUCACCAGCAAGCUCCUGCUCCAAUGCCCCAUCAACCAGCCCCAAUGGCAUCUUAUGGUGGUGGCGGUGGUCAUGCUGCCCCAAUGGCCCAUUCUCAGCCAUCAGCCCCAGUUGAGUCUUACGGCGCUUCUUCCCAGUCCGGAGGAGGGUAUUAGUUUCCCAGUUAGGCAGAUUAAUGUAUUUGACCCUUUUAAAACUUGCCACUAUCUGCACCAAAAUCAUACAUUGUCCCAUACUUUAAUUUCCAAUUUGACAAAAUGCGAUCUUUGUACAAUAUUUGAUUGAUUGCACGAGAAUGGGCACAGUAAAUUAUUCUUUUUCUCAAUCUAUGCAGACUUGUGAAUCUAUACGUACGAUUACAUAUAUAGCUUCAUCAAUUAUGAUCAAAGUAGACAGAAGUAACCAUCAAAUUUAAUCGCAAGCUUGCACCGAGUCUUUAUUGCAGACAAAGCAAGUGAAAGUUGUAUGCCAAACAACAGCAAUAUGCGUAUCCUUAUUGUGUAAUCUCCCGUUACGCUCGACUCAAUGGGCCAUACAGCAAACACAAAUGUGUGAUCCUACUUCGUCCUCCUUGAUUAUAUUCUCUAACUAUAUAUCAGUAUAUAGGACUAUAAAACAACUUUGCACUUUAUUGCACCGUAGUACCCCCAUAUAACUUCACUUUCGCCGAUAUGUGUCGUUAUAAUAAACUCUAUAAACGAUCAUGUUAA